UACAUUACAAGGCCACUCAACUACUUUCUUCUUCCGGGGAAACGAGGGAUAUAUUACUAUUAGCUGACGUGAGCCUAUUUUUUAUUUCUUGCAUGGGCGGGCAAGUGUUUUCGCAGUAACCAAACAUUCUUCAUGGUCUGUCUCCUUCGUCUUCAUCAAGAGACGAUCGCUCAGCAAACGAGUCCGUAGACCAUGAAUCCGCCAGAUGACAUCGCAGACCAGUUUUCUUUGUUCCCUCCAAUCCCAUUCACGUUAUAUGAUCCCCAUGAAAUUUCUCUUCCUGUUUCUGACCUUAAUCCUAACCCCACCCCUCUUAGCGCCAUCACGGACUUGGUCCCAGUUCCGAGCUCUAUUCAAAUCGAAGAACCUAGCUCGACUCACAACUUUCUCUCAUUCUCGAUCCCCAAGAAGCGAAGACGAGGCAGGCCUCAACGUGUUUCAACCUCCUUCAGCAUUCCUCAGUUUCCUUCUGGGACUUUUAACCCUAACAGUAACGAUUUUCCUUCUACUUCUAAUUCAAUUCGAAACAGCGUAGGAAACCCUAAUUCUUUGCCACACACUGCACUUGAUACCUCCGAUGAAAUCAUUGUUAUCAAUAGAGAAUCCACGGCUGAAGCGGUGAUUGCGCUUACAGCUGGAUUCCCCGCGGAUUCCCUCACCGACGAGGAAAUUGACGCUGGGGUAGUUCCUGUGAUUGGGGGAAUUGAACAGGUGAAUUACAUUUUGAUUCGGAAUCACAUUAUCGCGAAAUGGCGUGAAAACGUGUCGAAUUGGGUUGCAAAGGAGAUGUUUAUUGAUUCUAUACCUAAACACUGUCAAACCCUUUUAGAUUCUGCUUAUAAUUAUCUGGUUUCACAUGGAUUUAUCAAUUUUGGAGUUGCACCGGCGGUCAGGGAGAGAAUUCCAGCUGAACCCAAUAAGCCUAAUGUGGUUGUUAUUGGUGCUGGACUUGCUGGUCUAGCUGCUGCAAGGCAAAUGUUGCGUUUUGGGUUUAAGGUGACUGUGUUGGAGGGCAGGAAGCGGGCGGGUGGGAGGGUAUAUACUAAGAAAAUGGAGGGAGGGGGAAAUCGGGUUUCGGCUGCGGCAGAAUUAGGGGGCAGUGUUUUGACAGGUACAUCAGGAAACCCACUCGGGAUUGUAGCAAGACAAUUAGGCUCAACACUUCAUAAGGUUAGAGACAAAUGCCCUUUGUAUACUUUGGAUGGGAAGCCAGUAGACCCAGACAUGGAUAUGAAAGUGGAAACUGCUUUCAACCGGCUUUUGGACAAAGCGAGUAGACUUAGGCAGUUGAUGGGGGAUGUAUCAGUUGACGUUUCUCUUGGUGCAUCAUUAGAAACAUUCCUACAGGUAGAUGGGGAGGCAGUAAAUGCUGAGGAGAUGAACUUGUUCAAUUGGCAUCUUGCAAAUUUAGAAUAUGCGAAUGCAGGCUUAAUAUCAAAGCUCUCACUUGCAUUUUGGGACCAAGAUGAUCCGUAUGAUAUGGGAGGAGAUCAUUGCUUCUUGCCUGGAGGAAAUGGAAAGCUGGUUCAGGCAUUGGCGGAAAAUGUCCCAAUUUUAUAUGAGAAAAUUGUGCAGACAAUAAGAUAUGGUAAUGAUGGAGUGCAGGUAAUUGCUGGCAACCAGGUUUUUGAGUGUGAUAUGGCAUUAUGCACUGUGCCUCUUGGGGUUUUAAAAAGUGGCUCAAUCAAAUUUGUCCCAGAAUUGCCUCAGAGAAAGCUUGAUGGGAUAAAGAGAUUAGGAUUUGGAUUGCUAAACAAGGUUGCUAUGCUUUUUCCUCAUGUAUUUUGGGGAACGGAUCUUGAUACCUUUGGGCACCUUUCUGAUGAUCCCAGUCGCCGAGGGGAGUUCUUUCUGUUUUACAGCUACGCAACAGUUGCUGGUGGUCCUCUCUUGAUCGCUUUAGUGGCAGGGGAAGCUGCACAUAAUUUUGAAAGCAUGCCUCCUACUGAUGCAGUAACUCGAGUUCUUCAAAUUCUUAAGGGUAUAUAUGAACCACAAGGAAUAAAUGUUCCAGAACCUAUCCAGACAGUCUGUACCAGAUGGGGAAGUGAUCCUUUUAGCCUGGGAUCUUAUUCUAAUGUCGCAGUUGGGGCAUCGGGAGAUGACUAUGAUAUCUUAGCAGAAAGUGUGGGUGAUGGGAGACUAUUCUUUGCAGGGGAGGCCACAACCAGGCGAUACCCUGCAACUAUGCAUGGGGCUUUUCUUAGUGGGCUUAGAGAAGCGGCAAAUAUGGCACGCUAUGCUAAUGCUCGAUCACUGCAGAUUAAAGGUGAAAGGGGUCUGUCAAAGAAUGCCCAUUCUUGUGCUUCUCUUCUUGCAGAUCUAUUUAGGGAGCCAGAUCUUGAAUUUGGGAGCUUCUCCGUUAUUUUUGGUCGGAAGAAUGCUGAUCCAAAGUCAACAGCAGUUUUAAGAGUGACAUUUAAUGAACCACGAAAGAAGAGUCAGGAAGGUUCUACACCUGAUCGGCAACAUUCAAAUAAGUUACUUUUUCAGCAGCUUCAAUCACAUUUUAAUCAGCAGCAACAGCUGCAUGUUUACACUUUGUUAUCAAGGCAACAGGCACUUGAGCUGAGAGAAGUUAGAGGGGGUGAUGAGAUGAGGUUAAAUUACCUCUGUGAAAAACUGGGAGUGAAAUUGGUGGGAAGAAAAGGUUUGGGGUCCACUGCUGAUUCUGUUAUUGCCUCCAUAAGAGCUCAGAGGGGUAAUCGGAAACCCGCUUCAACUUCAUUGGCUCUAAAGACAGGUACAUCAAAGCUGAAAACUGGCACUUUAAAACGGAAGUGGGUGAGAAGGGCAAAAAUAGUACGGAAUGGCAAUGGGAUGGCGCCUUCUCCUGGUUCAAACUUGGUAAAUGGCAAAGUAUCAGAGGAAACUAGGACCACACAUCAAGCAUCUUUUGAUUCACUUGUGUCAGGGCAAAAUCAGGGUGACAUGUAAAGCAAUGAACGGAUUGCCACAUCUUGUUAAGAGGUGAGUAUCACACUAGCUGACUUGAAAGUUGCUCUCGGAGGUUACUAAGUUUUCUUACCCAUCCUUAUUGGUUUAUCAUACUGGCCCGCAAGGAACCCUAAUGAUAUAUCUGUAUCCUUCAUACAGAGAAAAUUCUUCUAUAUUAUCAAAUUUUAUUCUAGUUCACACUAGCCAAACAAUUCAACCUGCUCUCUUUCCCAGCUUUCAGGCCACACACGUUACAAACUGUAACAGGUCCAUAGUGGAUGUUGGAAUCACCAACUGUUGACUUUACUAGAAUUUCUACCAUCUUAAGUUGAAAUGCAAAUAUUUGAGUCAUCUCUAUCCCUUGUGAUGACCUCUCUGCUUUAAAGCUUUAGUUGCUUUUCCCAUCUCUUAUUUUUUUUGAUCUCCUUUUAGAUGGGGUUGUUGAAUUUUUUGGAAAGAGGGACAUAUGUGUGUGUGUAUUUUCCUAUUUGGCAAAUAAGAGAAAGAAAAAAAGGAGUUGGACAUCAGGUAAAAAAAAUGUUUCAGUUAAGCUGGAUUCUCUUUCCAAAUUAUGUUUACUAUGGACGAUAAUAUCCUAUUGGGUGAAAACUUCCUUUAUAAUCAUUUUUGUGGUAAUGUUAUUUGGAUUGGUCAGCAGGAGUACAUGCCAACUCUGACGGUAUCUGUACUUUUGGCGGAAGCACCAUACAGAUGCUGCUAGUCGUUGUCCAUUGUUCCUGUGAAUAUCUGGAGCCACAGGUCCUGCUAAAUUUUGGGAUCCUAAUACAACUGUUGAUGCUCUAGUGAUAGCAUAUCCGAGCCCCUUCCAGGUAUUCAUUUUUCCUAUGUCACGAUCUCAUAUCGAUUGAGUGGUUGGUGGUUUAUAACUACUCAGAUGGAUGUAGCUUAUACAAUUGUGUAGAUAAUAUUGUAACUACCUACCAAGCAAAAUGUUUAAGACUAGCUCUACCGGCACUGAGUUUUUAGAAUAGCUGUACCAGCACCUCAUAAAGUUUCUUAGAAUAGUUGUACCACCAUUAAUCUUUAUCCUUGAGCUGAUAUGCAACUUGAAAAGCAAUAACCCUUGUGUAAGGUCCAUUAUUUGGAAUGUAUGGAAACUUCAACUGACAAUCCCAAGAAUUCAUUAUUAGAGUGGAUGUUCAUCCAUUGGAGUUUUCUA